AUGAAUAGGAAUGACGUAGUAGAAAAUUCGUUACAGAACCAUCUGCUUAAACUGGAAUGCCAUUUCACAUGGACUUUUUUCAAAGAAGAGUUUGAUAUUGACAAUAUAGAAGAAAGGCUUCAUGAUCAAAUAGCAUUUUUACCUUCUACACACAGACAUAGGCUUCAUAAUUUAUUGGCCUAUACAAGUUAUUUGAAAGGAGACAACCAAGAAGCAAUCAGACAGCUUCAGAAAGCAGAAGAGCUCCUGCAAGGAACACAGACUGCUCAUCUGGAUAUCAAAAGAGCCGUGACCUACAGUAAUUAUGCCUGGCUGUACUACCAUUCCAACCAGUUCAGCAAAGCUCAGUCUUACAUAGAAAGGGUGGAAGCCAUUUGCAAGAAAUUUGAGUCUUCUCCAGAACAUGAUAUUCUUCUCACUGAGAGAUAUGGAGAACAGGCCUGGGCUUUGUUAACAUUAUAUGGGAAGUACUGUGAAAGAGCUAAAGAGUGUUUUGAGAAAGCGCUAGUGCUAGAUCCUGACAAUCCUGAGCUCAACUCAGGAUAUGCCAUAGUGAUGUAUCGCUUAGAAAGUCAAGAUUUAAUACUUUAUGAGACGAGUAAAUAUAAAUCUAUAGAGUUUUUGAAACGUGCUGUGACAUUAAAUGAAAAUGAUACUGUGAUUAAGGCUCUUCUUUCCCUGAGAUAUCAAAGUUUGGGUCAAGCUGAGGAGGGAGGAAAGAUUAUGGAGGAGGCUCUCAGACAAACUCCAGACUCCCCAUAUUUACUUCGAUAUGCUGCCAAAUUUUACAGAAAUGAAGGAAAGAUUGAUGUUGCUAUUACCAUUCUGAAAAAAGCUCUAAACCAAACUCCCGCUUCAGGUUCUCUUCACCACCAGAUUGGGAUUUGUUACAGAGAAAAGAUGAAAUCGUUAAUGAAAUCUGCCAGGAAUGCCUAUACACGGAACACAGAGGAGGCAAUUUUUCAUUUUGAAAAAGCUGUUGAACAUAAACAAUUUUUUGUUGAGGCAUAUAUUGAUUUGGCCAGGAUGUAUGGCAGAGCAAAUCAAUUUGAUAAAGCAGAAGAUACUUUUCAAAAAGUGCUAAGUCUGAGAAAUCUAACCUGGGAAGACAAACAAGAGAUUCACUUUGGUUAUGCGCUUUUUCAGCAACAAGCAGCUAGAUCUGAAUCUGAAGCCAUAAGGCAUUACAAGGAAGUAAUAAGGAUACCGAAUAAAACAAAGUUUAGAGCUUUUUCUAAUAAUAAUUUAAAACAGUUGGCUGAACAAAACAUAAAAAAAACCCCAUCAGAUCCAACUGGAUUUAGACUAUUAGGGUUCAUUCACCAGCUGGAUGCAAUUGAUUACUAUGAGAAAUCAGUGGAACUUGAUCCAGACAAUAAGGACAUUUUAAGUGCACUGAGUUGCAUGAAAUGCAGUUUGAGUAAAGCCUGAAGCUAAAAACAUAUUUUGAAUAUCCCCCAGACCAUGUUGUGUAGUAUGAAUGUACUGUAAAUAACAGAUUUAUUUAGCAGAAGUAAUAUAAUAUGCAGAAAGCUUGUCACCACAUCUUUUUAGUCAGUUUGUGAUUUCCUUAUGUGAUAUGUAUGUAAGCGUAAGGAUUAGGUGUUAAAAAAUAGUUUAGGUGUAUAUUAAAACAGGUAACCAGUAAAUGCUAAUUGGGGGCUGAGGGGGUUACAAGAACUGGUGUAACGGAGACUAUUACAGAUACAGAAAGACUAAAAUAAAAGGCCAUACUGUAAGGUGUCAUGGUGUAAAACCAGUAUAACUGUAGUUAUAUAACUUUACAUAUGAUGAUGUUAGACAGGUGGAAAGAAGCAGUUUUCUUUUGCAGAUUACAUUACAUGUAUGGAAAUAUUCUGUAUGUUUGUAUUCCCCUUUUUUGCUGUCAAAUAAUCUGACGAGACUUUCCUGUUAA